AUGGCAGAAACAAGUCUGUUAGAGGCUGGAGCCUCUGCAGCCUCCACAGCUGCAGCUCUGGAGAACUUACAGGUGGAGGCGAGUUGCUCUGUCUGCCUGGAGUAUCUGAAGGAGCCUGUCAUCAUUGAGUGUGGGCACAACUUCUGCAAAGCUUGCAUCACCCGCUGGUGGGAGGACCUAGAGAGGGACUUCCCUUGUCCUGUCUGUCGAAAAACAUCUCGCUACCGCAGUCUCCGGCCUAAUCGACAGCUAGGCAGCAUGGUGGAAAUUGCCAAGCAGCUCCAGGCUGUCAAGCGGAAGAUCCGAGAUGAGAGCCUCUGCCCCCAGCACCAUGAGGCCCUCAGCCUUUUCUGCUAUGAGGACCAGGAGGCUGUAUGCUUGAUAUGUGCAAUUUCCCACACCCACCGGGCCCACACCGUCGUGCCACUGGAUGAUGCCACACAGGAGUACAAGGAAAAACUGCAGAAGUGCCUGGAGCCCCUGGAGCAGAAAUUGCAGGAGAUCACCCGCUGCAAGUCCUCUGAGGAGAAGAAGCCUGGAGAGCUCAAGAGACUAGUGGAGUGUCGCCGACAACAGAUCUUAAAGGAAUUUGAAGAGCUUCAUAGGCGGCUGGAUGAAGAACAGCAGAUGUUGCUUUCACGCCUGGAGGAGGAGGAACAGGACAUUCUACAGCGCCUCCGAGAAAAUGCUGCUCACCUUGGAGACAGGCGCCGGGACCUGGCCCACUUGGCUGCUGAGGUGGAGGGCAAGUGCUUACAGUCGGGCUUCGAGAUGCUUAAGGAUGUCAAAAGUACCCUGGAAAAAUGUGAGAAGGUGAAGACCAUGGAGGUGACUUCAGUGUCCAUAGAGCUGGAAAAGAACUUCAGCAAUUUCCCCCGACAGUACUUUGCCCUAAGGAAAAUCCUUAAACAGCUAAUUGCGGAUGUGACCCUGGACCCAGAGACUGCUCACCCUAACCUAGUCCUGUCCGAAGAUCGUAAGAGCGUCAAGUUUGUGGAGACAAGACUCCGGGAUCUCCCUGACACACCACGGCGAUUCACCUUCUAUCCUUGUGUCCUGGCUACUGAGGGCUUCACCUCAGGCCGACACUACUGGGAGGUGGAGGUGGGUGAUAAGACCCACUGGGCAGUGGGCGUGUGCCGGGACUCCGUAAGCCGAAAGGGCGAGCUGACUCCACUCCCUGAGACUGGCUACUGGCGGGUGCGGCUGUGGAACGGGGACAAAUAUGCAGCCACCACCACGCCUUUUACCCCUUUGCACAUCAAGGUGAAACCCAAACGGGUAGGCAUAUUCCUAGACUAUGAGGCCGGCACACUGUCUUUUUACAAUGUCACAGACCGCUCUCAUAUCUACACCUUUACUGAUACUUUUACUGAGAAACUUUGGCCCCUCUUCUAUCCAGGCAUCCGUGCUGGUCGGAAGAAUGCUGCACCACUUACAAUCAGGCCCCCAACAGAUUGGGAGUGA